UAUUUCAUCCUAGUGUUUUCUCUGCAGCAUUCUUUUGUUUGGAGGGAGAGGAUUGCCUUCCUGAAGAAUUAAUUUUUUUCUUUCUGUUUUCCACAGUACUGUAUUGGCAAUUGCUGGAGAAGAUUUCUCAAUUGUCGCUUCUGACACUCGAUUGAGUGAAGGGUUUUCAAUUCAUACCCGAGACAGCCCCAAAUGUUACAAAUUAACAGACAAAACAGUCAUUGGAUGCAGUGGUUUUCAUGGAGAUUGUCUUACCCUGACAAAGAUUAUUGAAGCAAGACUAAAGAUGUAUAAACAUUCCAAUAAUAAGGCCAUGACUACGGGGGCAAUUGCUGCAAUGCUGUCUACGAUCCUGUAUUCAAGGCGCUUCUUUCCAUACUAUGUUUACAACAUCAUCGGUGGACUUGAUGAAGAAGGAAAGGGAGCUGUGUACAGCUUCGACCCGGUGGGGUCCUACCAGAGAGACUCCUUCAAGGCCGGAGGCUCAGCAAGUGCCAUGCUGCAGCCCCUGCUCGAUAACCAGGUUGGUUUUAAGAACAUGCAGAAUGUGGAGCACGUCCCACUGUCCCUGGAUAGAGCCAUGCGGCUGGUGAAAGACGUCUUCAUUUCUGCGGCCGAGAGGGAUGUGUACACUGGGGACGCACUCAGGAUCUGCAUCGUGACCAGAGACGGCACCCGGGAGGAGACAGUUCCCCUGAGGAAGGACUGAGCUGUGCCUCUGUGCAGAACUGGCUGUUGUCGUACCUUGGAACUGCCGACAAAUUUGUUUAUUAAAAAGACCUGAAGUGCUCA